ACAUUCAAAAAGCCUACAACUCACGAGCUACACACCACACCACACAACAAGAUGUUUGUUUGUGGCGAAUGGGAAUCGAACAAAGAAAUCAAGUCUUGGUCCGUGGAGUCGUGCAAGGUGCACAUCCCGAGCCAGAAACAAAAUCUCAGCAUAGUUUUAUUUCUAUGGAAAGGAAACAUUUUAGCUUGGUAGCACCACUGCACUGGCGCUGGCUAGAUCUUCCAUUCAUAAUUAUGCCGUAACUGCACCUAGCUGCUAGCACAGUGCAGUAGCAGUUCAUCAGCGGUGGUCAAGCACUGAAUAGUGGACUUCGAUACAUCAGGCCACGGUCGCUAGCAGCUGGCCUGGUUGUUUUCCCUCUUCGCUCAUCGCUUUCGACUUUCAUUCAAAGGUCAAGUGGGUACAACACGCAAUCCGGGAGCAUGGAGAUGCGAUCGUUCACCAGCACUAACCGCCUGCCGUCACGCGCCCUGUUUGCCGUGACGACCGCGGGCGCGUCGACCUCCGCCAAUGCCGUCAGCGUGGACGACCCAGACACCGCCGGGUAUCGUCACGGACACCGCCAGUCGCCUGCCGCCAAUCAGCCCGUUUGGGCGGCUCAGAGGCCGCUCAGAGACCCCACUACCAUUUUAGACCCGUGGCGAAGCACCCUGAUCAGCAUCAUGGAGGUGGCCUUUCCACAGGCACGUCAGCUGCAGCUGUUCGAGAGGCCAAUGGGACGACGGCGGAAACCGCAAUUAGGAGAUUCUGAGAUCCACAGUGAUGUACCGCUGAGUAUGUUGCUGUACUUCAGCAGUGUGUAUCUGGUCUUCUGGAUACCAUUGGUUAUAGCCACGCUUAUUAUGAAGUAUGGCAUGCUGACGGGAACGUUUCAAGCCAUCAACCUCGUUCUCUACGUCGCACUGCUCAUCGUUGAGGUGUUCCGGCUCUUGCUUGGUUACUACGGGAACCUGGCCGAGGAGGUACCGGAGCUGUCACUAUGCUGGGUGUUGACCUUGCUAUGGCAAGCGCCGCUCGCUCUCUUUCUGGCCUUUAACGAAGUGAGCAAUAUGCACACUCUACCGGAGGAGCGUGGUGCCAACGUACCCCUGGCUAUUCUGCUACUCAUCGAGGUGGUUAUAAUGCGGCGCGCAGUCAACAAGCUGAUUCGCAGCAAGAUCGCCAAGAUGCGGCUGAACGGCUUCGACGACCUCAGCGACACACAGCCAACGUCGGCGUCGUCAACUUCAUUACCCAUGACAGGUCACGAUGGGGAUGUAGGGUCGCGUUCGGUUGUCCUCGGCAACAGCGGCCUGAUGACAACGCCGCCCCGGUCCACGGUGACGGCGACGACCGCGUAUCAGGAAACCUCGCUAAUGACCAAUGUGCUCAACAUGGGUACGGGCAGGGCAAGGCGUACUGCGGCUGCAAUGCCCGCUGGUGAGCGACCGCCGGCUCAUCUACACGCGAAUGCCACUGCUGCGUCGUUGCCGGGAGGCAUUGGCGAUUGAUAAGAAACACAACUGCCCCUAUUUCUAUUCUCAGGCUUUUUUUGUAUUUAUAGAUUCUCCACAGACCUUGGCCUAAAUGGGGGGAGUCUCCGUCAACGGCUUUAAUAAUUAUGAUGAAGAAGAAGCCGAAGCGAAAGUAGAAAGAAAAGACUAUUGUUCACUUGCCUGUGUGUGUGUGUGUGUGUGUGUGUGUGUGUGUGUGUGUGUGCGCGUGCGUGCACGCUUGUGUGUGCGCGCGUGCGUGCACGCUUGUGUGUGUGUGUGUGUGUGUGUGUGUGCGUGUGUGUGUGUGUGUGUGUGUGUGUGUGCAUUGUGUGUGUAUGCGUGUGUGUGUGUGUGUGUGUGUGUGUGUGUGUGUGUGUGUGUGUGUGUGUGUGUGUGAGUAUAGCAUUGGCGAUUGAUAAGAAACACGUGCAGUGGACUGUUAGUCAUAACUCGUAACGUGUUGGUCCUGUCUCUUUACUUUUAUGAAAACAAAUACUUGUACUAUUGGCUCAUGAUCCGAAAUUUGAUAAGAAACAAUUGCGAUUAUUCUA